AUGGCUAAGGUGAAGGAUGACUAUAUAAUCAAUAUUUUAAUGAAUAGUGACAGUGAGACAGAUGACGAAGAGUUUAUAUAUGAUCACCAAUCUCCCACGGAUUAUGAGACAAUACAGGACAUUAAAAACUUUUUAAUUGAAACAGAACACACCGCACCAAGCCAGGUAACUAAUGAACUUGAUACUAUUGAAACAAUUGAAGAAGUUCUUUCUACAACAAACUUGAAUCAUGAAGUCGGAAAAAAUUCUGUUGCUGGUAGUUCAAAAAAUGAUUAUUGUAGACUACCCUCUACAGCCAAUUGCUCAAAGGUCAUAGUGUCAGAGCCAAAUAUAGAAUCGACUCACCUCUAUAACCCACCAGUUUGA